AUGGGGCAAACAUUCUUCAAAGUGGGGUCAAUCAUGAUGAAUAACCCUCAGUCUCCAUCCAUUGAUAAUAUCAAAUCUGUAUUGCAUACAUACGACAAAGCAUUAAGACCUCAAGUGGCUCAGUGUCAAGAUAUCCGUGAACUUUUAGAAUUAGUUUGUGAUAGCUGUCAGCUUGAUGAUAUUAGUGUGCUGGAGUUCUUUGUUAAUGAGUUCAAUAUAGAGGAGGCUAAAUCAGUUAUUAAGGAAUAUAAAAAAGCAAUCGAGGAGCUAAAGGCAACAAAACUCAGUCAGUGUCUGAAUGAAAGGAUUUCAUAUGCUUCACCACUUGAGUGUGAAAUUGUUACGAUUUUUGUUGAUGAAGUUGCUAACAAGUCAGUAUUCAAUGAUGUCAAAAGGCUUUCAUCAGCUGUAUUUAAGGAUCUAUCACAACAUAUCAGAUUAAAUGUUGUUGAAGAUGACAAUUCCUUCACCAUCACUUGCUCCUUCCCUUUGAUUCUAUCUGAGCAGUUAAUUACAGCUGCUCUUAAUAAUAUUGAUGUAUUGAAAGAAAACAAAGUGAAGAAAUUAACCAUUGGAUACUGCACUGUGUAUGAGGUAAAUGACACCUCCACUCCUACUAAAUGUGGUUUAAUGAAACAAAUGAUGCUGUCAUUGAAUGUACAACUGAUUAACAGUACAGCGGAAAAUACAACAAUUAAGAAAGAAGCAAAGUUAUUGAAGGAAAAAGCAGAAUCAUCAAAGAAUGAAGCAGAUUUGUUGAAGAAAGAAGCAGAGUCACUGAAGAAAGAAUCAGGGUCAUUAAAGGAAACACUGGAUACUAAAAACAAAAUGCUGAGUGCCUAUAAAGCAGAGAGUGAUAAGCUUGAAAAAAAAGCAGGUAUAAAUAAUGUCAUUGCAAUAGUUCAUUAA